CUGCUCAUUCACCAGCUGACAACUGCAAAACCAAAUCCAAAAACCAACACUCAAAAUGUUCAAAUUCUUCGCUGUCUGCUUCUUCGCUGUUGUGGCUGUGGCUUCGGCCAAGCCGGGUAUUUUGGCCGCCGCUCCUUUGGCCUAUCCUUUGGUCUAUACCGCACCUGCUGCUGCUCACCAGGUCGCCCACAGCGCCGCCUUCCCAGCUGCCUACACCGCCGCCUAUACCGCACCCUUCGCUGCCGCCGCCUACACCGCUCCAGUUGCCACCGCCGCCUACACCGCACCAAUUGCUGCCCCCUACGCCGCUGCCUACACCCGCUAUGCCGCCCCCGCCCCUCUGGCCUACAGUGCUCCCUUUGCCGCCCCCUAUGUGGCACGCCCCUUUGCCGCCGCCCCUCUGCUGCUGAAGAAGUAAGAAAUCCAUGGGAAUAAUGCGCCAUGUUUUAGCCACAUGGUUGAGCAUAUAUUGCCCACUUCUGCUGCUUGUGAUUUUGUUAACGAAAUAAAAUAAAAGUUUAAGUUUCAAUCAACAUA